GGAGAUUGUGCAGGACACAGGACUGUUGAACUGACUUUGUGUUGUCUGAUCUGGGGUCUGUGCUUCCUGUUGUUUUUAUUCCAGAUCGUUCUGGUUUACAACAGCUCAGAGGAGCAGCUGACGGCCAUACCUGGAACAACGCUGCACUGGCCGGGUGGAGUUCCUCCUGAUGUUCCCGUCUGCGGCUUCAAGAACGACAACCCCAUCUGCCUCGCAAAAACCAUCACCAUCCACCAGAUGGUUUCCAUCGUGGUCUUCUUCAUCUUCAUCAUGACCCUCACCAUCGCCGUCUUCAUCUACAGGAGGAUGAAGCUGGAGAAGGAGCUGGUGGCUCAGCUGUGGAGGAUUUCCUGGGACAACAUCCAGAUGAGCAACCUGAACAAAGUGCUGCGCAGCGGCAGCAGGAUCACACUGUCACUGAGAGGCUCUAACUACGGCUCCCUAAUGACCGGAGAUGGAAACCUGCAGGUUUUUGCAAAGACUGGAUACUACAAGGGGAACAUCAUCGCCAUCAAAUACACCAACAGGAAACGAAUCGAGCUGAACAGGAAGGUUCUGUUUGAACUGAAACAUGUGAAUGCGUCGUUCAGAACGAACAUGACCAGGUUCAUCGGAGCGUGCAGACCUCCCAACAUCUGUAUCAUCACAGAGUACUGUCCCAGAGGAAGUCUGCAGGACAUCCUGGAGAACGACAGCAUCACUCUGGACUGGAUGUUCAAAUAUUCUCUCAUCAACGACAUCGUUAAGGGCAUGGUCUUCCUCCACAACAGCGUCAUCUUCUCUCACGGUAAACUCAAGUCAUCCAAUUGUGUCGUCGACAACCGCUUUGUCCUGAAGAUCACCGACUACGUUUCCAGCUUCCGAUCGGAGAGCGACUCAGGGAAAGAUGCUCACGCCUACUACGCCCGUGAAGGCUGGAUGGCUCCGGAGCUGCUCAGGAUGGAGUCUCUACUCCAGGGAACUCAGAAAGGAGACGUCUACAGCUUUGGCAUCAUCCUCCAGGAGGUGGCGCUGCGCCGGGGAGCCUUUUACUUAGACUCCUCUCCCUCUCCUCCUGCAGAGAUCGUGGACCGGGUGGUUCUGGGUGAGUGGCCCUGCCUGAGGCCGACAGUCGACCCCCAGAGUCACAGUCCUGAGCUGGGUCAGCUGAUGCAGCGCUGCUGGGCUGAGGAACCCACCGAGAGACCGGAGUUCAACCACAUCCGACUGCUGCUGCGCAAACAGAACAAGGAGUCGAGGACCAACAUCCUGGACAACCUCCUGUCUCGGAUGGAGCAGUACGCCAACAACCUGGAGGAGCUGGUGGAGGAACGAACGCAGGCGUACCACGAGGAGAAACGAAAGGCGGAGGCCCUGCUCUACCAGAUACUACCACAUUCAGUAGCAGAGCAGUUGAAGCGUGGGGAGACGGUUCAGGCCGAGGCCUUCGACUCUGUCACCAUCUACUUCAGCGACAUCGUUGGAUUCACGGCCAUUUCUGCUGAGAGUACUCCGAUGGAGGUGGUGACUCUACUCAAUGACCUCUACACGUUCGACGCCAUCAUCGACAACUUUGAUGUUUACAAGGUGGAGACCAUCGGCGACGCCUACAUGGUGGUGUCAGGGCUGCCGGUGAGGAACGGGAAGCUGCACGGCAGGGAGAUCGCCCGCAUGGCCCUCGCCUUGCUGGACGCCGUCCGGACCUUCAAGAUCCGCCACCGACCGGAGGAGCAGCUGAAGCUGAGGAUAGGGAUUCACAGCGGUCCGGUGUGUGCAGGUGUGGUGGGUUUGAAGAUGCCUCGUUACUGUUUGUUCGGUGACACCGUCAACACGUCGUCACGGAUGGAGUCCAGCGGAGAAGCGCUGAAGAUCCACGUGUCGGCGGCGACUCGAGACGUCCUGUUGGAGUUCAACUGCUUCCAGCUGGAGCUGAGAGGCGAGAUCGACGUCAAGGGCAAAGGAAAGAUGACCACCUAUUGGCUACUGGGAGAGAGCGACAGCCAAUGACGAAACACCACAAAUAGAGAGGAAGGGGAUGAACAAAGAAGGAGGGAAAGAGGAAAGGAAAGAGGAAGAUAGACAGGAUGAGAUGGAGGAGGUAGAGAAUGAAAGAAAAAGGUUUCUCCUCAGACAUGUCGGGUCCUGGUCUGGACUCAUCACCUCCGAGUUGUUUCUUAUCGCCGAACAAUCAGACCUGGAUGGUUUCAGACUCCAUAAGAUGGAGGAAAAGUAGCGGUACAUUCUCCAAAAAAUGAACUGUAAAAACUCAAAUGGACAUGUGUGCAACAAGGAAACAAAACUACAGGUGGGAACAGGAGGCAAAAGACAGAGGAAGCGACUGGUCUGUGACCUGCAGAACCAGGAAUCGAACUGUACAAAUGAAGGGCUGAAACAUGAUGGAAGACUCUUUAUACUCUGUGAUCCAGGUCUGGCACCUUUGGGCAGUUUCACAGCUGAUUUAAAUUUCCUCGCUCAGACGUUCAAGGCUAGAACUCCCUUGUUCCAGACAUUCAAACAGGUCUAGAAUGAGGUGUUAGCUCAGAGAAGCAGUUAGUCUUCACACAGUAAGUCGUCAUCCCUGAAGUCUUUUCUCUUGUUAAAUUCUUUAUACUCUUUAUCCCUUAACUGUAUAAUUUUAAUCAAUGAGCGAAGGAUGCAAACAUACGUCUGAUUGACUUCCCUAGCGCCAGGAAAGGUCAUCACACGGCCUCUUCCCUCAGCUUAGGACCAUUUCAGGGUCCAUCUCCUGAGAAACUAGAGUAAAAAUUUUAAAUUGAGGUGCAGCUGCUCAUGAGCUCUUUUGCAAAUAUACAUUCUCUGUAAAUAUACAAAAAUCUCUCUUAAUAAAAAAGUUGCAAAUACACCAUUUUUUCAUUUUGAAUGUCACAAACCCCCCCCGGUUUCAAAUUCAGUACAAUCAAAUGAUCUUCACAUCUGACGGGUUAAGUUCAGCCAGACAAGGAACUGAGAACAUGUUUGCAGGGUGGGACAGUUUCCUGACGCCCUCCUGACCUCCUAACGUCCGGCGGACUGAAACACCCCCGAGCAGCGAAUGGGACGAACUUACUGAAGCUGUAAGUGGGACUAAAUAUUCUAUUGGACUGGGGUCAGUGGAUUGAUGGAUUCAUGAACUCAAACGGCCUCAAAAUGUAAAUGUGUCUUAAUGUACGAAACACAUCUGAUAUUUUUAUAUAGUGCCGAUACGUGUGGACAACAAAGCUAUGUUUGAGAAUCAUGAGUUCAGUUUUAGGACAUUUUGUAUCUCCAGUCCUCCACAGGUCAACUCAGUCUGUUCAUCAAUAACCUGCUAUCAGUUCAUGAGAAUCACAGAUUGUGUUUGUUUUGUGCCGUCAGUCAUUUUGUAAUUUGAAUCUUGUUUGUAUCUUUGUUUUAACUCGAUGUUGCACUUCCCCUCUGGUGCCAUUUUUGGAUCCCUGCAUUAGACUAAACCCUUGCUUCAGUUUCAACUGGGAAUUCAGAGACGUGAAGAUGAGCCAUUCGUUUUUACUGGGGAUCAAACCAGCAGUGUUUGUUUGUUUGUACUGACCUGUAGUGGCCUCAAUAAAGUGCUGUGCAGAGCAGUUUGUUCUGCGUUGCAGGCUGCA